CGAAAUGAAAUGUAGUGUCAAAUUAGACAUCUGAUCAUAAAAUGACAGUUGAUCCAUUCACUGAAUCAGAAGGCGCAGAUAUCGUUUGUGUAUUUGUCUGCCAUUUUCACGUCAAGAAGGGCAAUUUAAUUGAAUGGAGUAGCCCGACCUCAUUUGACCUCAAGACAGACGCGGUCGAGUUCAAAUGUCUGCCUAGUGGAUCUCAUCUGGUCAAAAGAGACACUGUCUUCUUCAAAGUAGGAGACCAUUUUGCAGUGAGUCAUUUGAAAAAUGUUCACAUUGAUGAACAGCAAUCAAAUAGUGACGGCAAAAAUUUGGAAGAUGAAAGGGGAACUCGUAUGCGUGCUAUAGGGUUUGUUUGUAAAUCAGUGCUUCGAUUUCAAAAGUACGCUGAGUUUCUGACUAGAAGUGAAGACGUGAGCAGAUUAUACGAAAGUGUUCAUAAUGAUCCGGAUGCUUAUGAAAUCCUGCAGAGUUAUGCAAAAGAGCAGAAAGAACCUGUGCCAAGUGGUCUUAGCUACAGAAUUCCAUAUUCGCCAAACUAUGGUUUCUUUUCACUUAUUGAGGAUUUCGGUGUCAAACUCCUUGUGCUGUGGAAACUGAGUUUGCUCAAUCUGAGGAUCCUUUUUUAUAGUUCACCUCCGCUUGAAAAACUGUGCAAUCAGUUGUAUCCUUUAUCAAUAAUAUCUCGCUCGUCAUUCAAGAAAAACUUUUGCGUUUCUCAGCUUAGUCAAACUUCAAGCAGUGAAACGAGUGAAGCAGAAGAUGACUUUUUGGAUGUUAAUAAAUUUUUAUUUUACGUAUCACUGCUUGAUUUAUCAGCCAAUCGAGAAAAUCGGUUUAGCGAGGGAAGCGGUUACAUGGCGUGUACCUCAGACAAAGUUGCUGAAGAGUCAAUGAAAAGCUGCUACGAUAUAUUCGUUGAUGGAACGUCUAUACGUUCCUGGCGACGGGAUCUAGCAAGUCUGUUGAAACCCUCGAAGGCCGAUCAAACACGACUCACAGAGCUGAAAGGGCUGCAGUUGUUUCAUUCGGAGUAUUCGCCUGAAGAAAUCCAUGAGACUUUUGCGAAAUACUUCAUCGAUUUGAAUAACGGAAUAUUUAAAACUUUGAAUGAAAGUUGUGAAGGUGACAACAUCGAUGGAAGCCACAUGGCUCAGUUAGAGAGUAGUGGGAUGGUGAGUUCAACGGUGGGCGAAAUAUCUAGUGCUCAUGUUAGCCAAAUGGGGUUGUUGCCUAACAGUGGAGACAUGGAUUUUGUACAAGAAGUAGCGGCUCAUUUUGAUUUGAAUGUUGUAGUGGUGAAAGAUGGAGGAUGUUGUCCUAUUUUUACAAGUUUCUAAAGAGGCAGACAAGAAAACUGUAAAUAGCCCAACAAUGGUGAAGGUCCUGGACCUAUUUUGAUACGUAACUCGCGAUAAUCAAGAUCAGCUUUUGUAUGGUGUAUUUAUGUCAAUUUUCAGGAUGUGUAUUCAAAUUAUGUAAAUUACAUUAUACAGAGUAGUUUUGUUAGGCGUGGUAUAAUUUAAUGAUUAUAUCAAGUUAGUCCAUUUUGAAUUAAAG